UUGUUUUCAUCAUCUCCAAAACCAGUAGUAGGACACAAAACCAGUAGUAGGACUACUAGUGUGUGAAUAAGCGAGAGAGAGAGAGCCUUUAUACACACCACAAACAUGCUCAGCCUCUCCACUGCUUCACCUUCAACCCUAACCUUCCUUCCCAAACCGACCCUCUUCUCAAACCCCAAAUCUUCCUUCAAUGGCAUCCGAAUUGCUACAGUGUGCCCCACGCGCUCUCAUUGCGCGUGCUCCGUUCGAACCAGCCGAGCUUCUUCGGUGGUGAUGAUGGCGAAGAGAGAGGAAGAGUUGAAGGAAAUCAGAGAGAAAACCACGGAACAAAUCAACGAGGAAAUCAUCGAUCUAAAGGGUGAGCUGUUCAUGCUUCGUCUUCAGAAAUCGGUUCGGAACGAGUUCAAAUCCAGCGAGUUUCGCCGUAUGCGUAAAAGGGUUGCACGUAUGCUCACUGUUAAGCGGGAAAGAGAGAUCGAGGAUGGAAUUAACAAGAGGCUGUCGAGAAAGCUGGAUCGACAAUGGAAGAAAAGCAUUAUUGUUAGACCACCUCCGUCCCUGAAGAAGUUGCGAGAGGAAGAGGCAGCUGAAGAAGCCAAGGAAUCAUCGGCAUGAGCUAAAUGAAUCCCUUUUUGAUGAAAAUGUUUGUGGAGUUCUUAAUUUGUGACUAUUUCUGUAUCAAACAGUUAAAUGUCAAUAUUAUUCUGUUCCUUCUCUACAAA